CUAUAGGGUUUAGCAAAGCAAGAGACCAACACUUCGAAAGAGCUCUAACGUCAGCUAGCAAGAAAAUGCAAAUCCGCCAUUGACGACUGAACUGAAAGCUGUCCUCGUCUGCCUCUUACCUCCCCAAAAAUGUUACACGGCGUUCAUAUCAUCGGUUAUGGACCAUCAGAUGCCAAAUGUCUUCCGUGUUCAGGAAUUUCUAGAAGAGUAGCCCCUUUAUAUCCCUGCUCUUCUCGUUUCAACCAUAAGUCCAAGUCACAGAUCAGGAUUGGAUCACCGAAAGGUGCUUGCAAGGGGGUGUCUUUUACGUGCAGAGCAAGUUCUAGUGGUCGUAAUAGAAAUCCAGACUUUCCAAGGCAAAACAGACAUGGGUACUCCCGUAGCAGGAAUAGGAAAAGCGUAGAAAGAGAUGGCUUUGAAAACCUUGACGAAUCUGACAUGCUUUCUUCUAAAAACGGGUCAUUGGUCUCUCUUUCAAGUAACACAAAGUUCGGGGCCACUGCAUCCCCUGGACCUAGAGAAAAAGAGAUUGUUGAGCUGUUCCGGAAGGUCCAGGCUCAACUUCGGGAGAGAAGUGCAGCUAAAGAAGAAAGGAAUGUUGAAGCUUCACAAGGGCAUGGUAAAGAGAAUGCGACUGUGGAUUCCCUCCUUAACCUGUUAAGAAAACACUCAGUUGAGCAAUCAAAGAGAAACAGCAACAGUGGCAGCAGCAACAAGGACUUCACGUUGGACCAACCAGAAAAGAAUUCCCAAUAUAGUGAAAGAAAAAACACAGCUUCUUUUAAUUCAAAUAACCUUUUGAAGGAUGAGGUUGAAGAACCUACUGCCUCUUUCAGCAGGCCUGCAUCAAAUUUUCAACGCAAGUCUCCCAUUCCUCGGUUAACAUACCAGGCCAUUUAUUCUGAGGAUGAUCACAUAGGCAACACAGUGCCACAUGUGAAUUCAACUGGGAAAAGAACGAAGAAUCAUGUUGACAGAGUUCCUAAACCAGAGCCCGAGCCAAAGCUUGAGUUGGAGGCAGAACUUGACCAUGAGCCUGAGCAUGAUGCUAAGUUUGAAUUUGAGCCUGAACCUGAGCCUGAGCAAGGGAUUUCUCAGUUGUUAGAGGAUGAGACCUCAGAAGAUAAGAUUUCAGUUCUCGAAGAAACUCUCAUUGAAGACGAUGAGAACAAAGGAGAACGUGUUGAAAGUAGGGACUUGAGUACAUUGAAGCUGCCAGAAUUAAGGGUACUAGCAAAAUCUCGAGGUGCAAAAGGGUUUUCGAAGAUGAAGAAGGCUGAGCUUUUGGAGUUGCUAAGCGGGAGCGCAGUUUGAUUUGUGAUGCACGGUAUACCGCUGACAUAUUAAUUAUUAAUAUAGUUUCAAAUAACUUUUCACUUUUAUGUAUUCGGGCCUCUGAAUCCUUGUUGAGAUUUGAGAGUGUAGUUUUGGAGGAUCUUUUUUGAGCACAGGAUGGUCUCGCCGCGAUGGGAUUGGUCCUUUUUUGGUAUUUGAUUUCGUAGAGGAUUUUCAUCGUAGGGAAAAUAUGUCAGAUUCUGGUUUAUUGUAGCUUAAAGGUUGCUCUCAGUAAAAUUGGUGAACUAGUUCAAGUGUCUAUUUCGUUGUUGUUUC